AUGAAAUAAUAUAAACUUGAUCAAUUAGCACAAAUAAUAAAGAGACUAGAACAUAUUCUAGAUAAUGCUCAACCCAGAAAUUCUCAACAUUCUCUUUUUCGUCUCUUUCCUACGUUUCAACCUGAUGAGUAGACAUCAUCAGAAUAGAGUACUAACUAAAUCAUUUUUGAUGAACAAGCAACCUAAGAUUAUACAAAAAAUGAUCUGAAGAGAUUUUCAACAGAAUCUGUCUUCAUUAAAUUAGAUUAUACUGAUAUAUCAACAUAAUUAAGAAGCAUCCUAUAAAACAGUUUUAAGAACCUUAAUAUAGACUCAGUGAAUCAUAUUUCUGAGUUAUUUAUAAAACAUACUCAAAAGGAUAACCCUUACAGUGCUUUAAUUAUUAAUUAAUUAAAUCUCAUUCAAAGUGUUAUUGAAGGUCAUUCAAUAUGUUAAAAAUAUGACACUUUAAUAUAGAAUUUAUCUAAUUAAUUCAUAAAUCGCGAUUAGUAAGAACUAAUGUCAUAAGUAAUAUCAAUAAGAUCUAAUUUUUUUUAAGAGAUAAAUAAGCAUAAAAUUGAUAAGACAUUGGUUCCUUAAUAUGAUUAAUUUUAGUUAAUAAAAGAAUAAUAAAUAAAAAUUGAAAAAACAUAACAAGCCAUAGAACUGCUAAUUCAAAAGUUUUGUUGA